UGUCGCAGUCAACUUUGAAAUCUUGUGGUGAGCGGACGUGUUAUUUUUUUGUUUGGUUUUCCCGUUCCCGAACGCCGGAGUACUUUUUGUUGUUAAGUGCGCGUCGUCGUACCGCCGCUAUUCUAUUGUUCACGUUUGUUUAGUCUGACUGGGAAGGUCUCUGAUUGGAGUCUCUCCAUCCCCCUCUACCGUUCUGAUUAGAAUUCAAAUUAUUAUAAGCGAGUACUGUGGCGAGUACACUUGCGCGUGUAUUGGUGUGUUUGCUUAGAUAAUGGGUGCUAUCUUAUCAGAGGGCUUAAUCUUUUGCAAGCUGAAGGCGAAAAAAAAAUAAUAAUAAUAAAAAAGCGAUCGAUGCGAAGCAGCUGCCCGGGGAACAACAUUUCCUUGUGCAGACCCUAGACAGCUAUAUCGAUGGUGGGUGCACAGACGACAACAAUUCCCAACUCUCUUCCACUCCAAGCCCUCUCGUUUUCCCCCUCACCAUUCUCCCCCAAGCUCUUUAACGAAAAAUGUCUGACACCAUUGCAUCCGAAAAAGAAGGAAUCUGUCCUCUAAACGAAUCAAAGUCAGGUCAGGAAAUUGAUACACCAGUUGACCAAGAUUCACAGAAAUUGGAGCAAGUUAUCUUGGACAGCUACAUAACAGCACCUCUUAAAAUCGUUGAGCCCUUCGAGAAGUUCGAAAAGGAAAAGGAGGAGGAAGACAAAGAGAAGGAUAGUCCGGUAAGGAGCUCGACAAGUCCGGAGGAUCUCACCGAGAUCGAAGUCAUUAGUGCCAAGGCUAAGAAAUCGGUUAGCUUCAAUCCCAACGACGAAGAGAUUCGAAAGUUCACCACCGGUGAACCGAUUGUCGAUCAAAAGAAUCCAUUCCGCAAUGGUAACAUAAUAGCAAAUACGCGUGAGAAGAAGACACCGCCUCCGGUGCCAACGAAACGAUCGACCCUAAGUGUUCGCAAAACCGUGACCCAGCAACUUAGGGAACGCGAACGAGAACGGGAGCGCGAAAAGGAGCGGGAGCAGCAGAAGAACGAGUCCAACACUCGAAAAAGUAAGAUUAAUCGAACCCAGACGCAGACGGAUGACUUUGUGACCACUGAGGAGGUGCUCAAGCAAUCCAAGUACGUGAAAACGUACAUCAAGAAUCCGGAUGCGUACUUUGUCUAUGAUCCCUCGGUGCUGGCACGCCUUAAGUUAGAGGAACUCAAGGAGACAACCGGCAAAUUGCCCAAGCGGAAACAGACGUUGAAGGAAACAAGAACGGGAAAACAGGCCCGCCAUCAGAAUCAGAAUCCCAACCAGAACCAGAAGGCUCAGCAGUUAAUAAAACCGCCGCAGCCCACUUUUAAGAAGUGCUCGAAGCCAAACUAUCCGGAGUUGGCCAACUUAAAAAUUCGAACCGGUACAAAUUCGGAUCCAGAAAGCAGUGCCUUAUUCAAUCCCGCUGAGGUAACGAAAAAUGCUCGCAAAUUCGAUGAGAGGGUAAAGAAACUACAGAUCACCUCGGAUGAUGAUCUAGACGAUAUCGAUGGACCAUUGACGAAAAGUGAGUCCAGUGACGAGUUGGCGGCCAGUUCCUCUGUGCCACAGAGUCCGGACAAGCCGGUGGCUAUGAGUGCGCCGGGGGAUUUACCCUCGCCAUCACCGGGCACAUUCACCAAUACCAUUAGUUCCGAUGAGUUCCAAGCGUAUCUGGACUCGAAGGGUCUGGCCCUAAUGCCCAGGCGGGAGCUAUUCUCACCGACACCCACAAUCGCCAGGACUUCGACGCCAAUGCAAACGGCAGAGGAGCGACGGCAACAGGUGGCUGAAUCACUGGCGGCUCUGCGCAAAAGCAACACCAAGAAGCUAAAUGUACUCCAGCGUAUCUCAAACAGUAUAUUUCCAGCUCGACGAAAAACUACUCCCAAAUCGGAAACUCCUUCGCCACGGAGUAUUUUCAACGAAUUGGAAAAGGAGGACUAUCGUCGCAAGGCGGAUGUCCCAACUGAGAUACGUCGUGUACUAUUGGAACGCCAGAGUCCUAAUUGUCGUCGGCAAAAUGGUCAAGUUCAAUCGCCGACCAUUGAUUCUGGUAUCGAUAAAAGUCCCAGAAAUUGUGAAAGCAAUUUGCCGAACAGAAACGGUGAUACAAGUUUACAAAGGAGAAAUGGUGACAUCAAUUUGCAAAUGCGAAAUGGUGACACCAGUUUGCAGAUAAGAAACGGUGACAACACAAUUUUGCAAAGGCGAAACGGUGACAACAACUUGCGAAGAUCAACACUGGAGCGACCAGGUGUGAAUCCUAGACGUCAGUGGCCAGAAGCACAGCAGGUGGGUCGAAUAAAUCGAUCCACUUCAGUGGAUCGCAGCCAAUUCAAUCAUGAGCAGCCUGCUCUUGCAAGUCCUGUUGCCUCAUCGACGCCAGUGCGUGGCCAAAAUCAAUGGGAUCAAUUGCGGGCCAUCAAAGAGGUGACGGAUCGCCAGCUUUAUCACAAGCUUCAUCAGCAGCAGCAACUGCAGGCACAACCACUCCAGGGACAACAACAACAGCAGCAGCAGCAGCACACAAUCAGACAACGACCGAAUGAGGAUAUCUACUCCCAGGUGAUAGUCCAUCCCGACCAAACCAACUUUGUUCGCGGCUCAAUGCAGCGUAACACCUUCUCCGGAAUCAGCGGUCGCAGCAGGCCACUAAUGGUUUAUAAUGGUACACCGAUGAGGCAACAACAAAUGCAAAAACAGCCGCCGCGAUGUCAGAGUGUCCUGGACAAUAUAACGCCAAGUGCUGGAAAUCCAGGCCAACAGACACCAGUGGUAAUGCGGCAUAGGGUGGCGAACCAGGGCCAAUCGCAGCAAAUGCCAUCACGUCGCAUCGGUGGACUACUCACGCGCGAGGAGAUUCUCGAAAAGGUCAAGGAGUUUUGCCGCAAGAGCAUUAACCGAGCACCGGAAGCCAAGACGCCACUGCAGCCCAUCUAUAAGCGACAUCUAACGCCGCCCAACGCCGAUGUCUCGCCCGUGUCAUACGCUUCUGUCGAUGAUCAAUGUGCUCGACCACAGGUGCCACAGCGUGUCCAGAGUUUACCUGUCGCCCAGGGGCGCUACGUCACCAGCGGCAUGUCAGUGGACGGGCCGUCACCCAUUUACGCUCAUGUCAGCAAGCGAAACAGUUUGCUUUCCAAUGUCUCCGAACAGUAUUUAUCCAACCAGCAACUUGGAACACUGACCAGGCCGGUGCCGCUGAACCAGUUGGUACUGGUGGAUACGGGCGAGGGUGUUCAGGUGGCCCAGCUAGUAGACUAUCUACCCUAUGUCCGACCGGCUCCCGCCCAGGGCUAUAUGAUGCAGGAUGGCAGGGCCACUCCACUCAUCCUGGACCAAUCGGCCCAGCAGAGCAGCCAAAUUUACUGGACACCGCAGCAUCGUCAGCGUUUCUCUCAUCCGGUGCCGGCACCCCGUUUUAUGAAGAGUCAAGCCAUGCCCACAUCAAGAAACAGCACCAUAAGUCGACAUAUGGAGGAAAGGAUGGGUAACGCCUCCGACUGGGAACUCAGCUCGGAAGCUGGUGAAGUGAGGCGUAUAAUGGAAAAACAAUUAUAAUUUUAAGACGACGGAGCAGAAGAUGGAGUCGGAGGGCAGCAGCAGCGAAGACAUUGGGCGCACUAAGACCGGGCCCAAUUUAAGUGAGGAGUCUCUCGGGAGCAGCACCUCAUCGUCGGUACUCAAUUCGUGGACCAUUCUGCCAGUGGUUAAGGAGAAGGAUGACGGACUGGAGGCGAAGACCGAACUGUUGACGGAUUUAAGGCCGAGCAGUCGCGCGGAUAAGCAGAAAAACGAGAGAUGCAAUAGGCCUGCAGCCGAGGAUCCUCAGGCAGAUGAUAUUUCUGAUGGCAUUUCGAUAAUCAGCGAUUGCGAGAGUACGGAUCGCAUAUCACCGAAUCUAUUUCUGCGCGAACCCCUAUUGGGUGACAUGGGUUUCGGUGAUUUACCAACUAGUCCCGUGGAACUGAUUGCCCCCAUAAGCACUGACCAGCAGCUAUCGGAGUAUCCUGAGCGGGAGCCGGAGCAACAACAGCCGGAGUCCAAGAGCGUAGUGCGCUCCAAAUUAGAUCUGCAGUUGCCACCGCUGGUGCAAAAUGGCCUGACCGCCUUCUUUUAUGUGGCCUCCACUUUGGCCAUUCUAGCCUUUGUUGGCAAACUACGCAAUCCGGAAUGGCAGGUGCUCGGUGAGGAGAAGCCCCUGAUCGAACUGGAGCGACGAGUGGGUGAGCUGGAGCUGCAAAAUAAUUUACUGCGCGCCGAAAUCGAUAUCAUGUCGAAGAAACUGCAAUAUCUUGCAGCUGGACAGGACGCAACGAUGCAGCGACAGGGAUCUGGUCGUGCCAAGGGCAAGACCUUCAAGGCCUGGCCAGGAAAUGGUGAUUCGGUUCAGCCCGUGGAUAUCACCAAGGCCGAUUUGAAGCAACCCUUUCAGUGCGACGAUGGUCAGUUCGUUGAGAUCGCUGGCAUGUGCGUGGAGAACAAGCAGCAUUUGGAUUCUUUAACAGAUGAGAUUGGAAAUGCCGUCAACGAUGUGCUACAGCAGUCUGGAGCCUUUCACAAGUUUGAAAAGGUCACCGAGAAGCUGGGCAAUUUUGCCGGUGCCGAGGAUACCGAAAACGUUGAUCCCAAAGGUUUUCACUCGAAAAGAAAUGAUGGUCCACAAACCGUAACUUCCCAUGGCCAGUCAUCGAAGCUGGCGGAUGGUUCGAAAGAGCGUUACAGGCCAAAGUAUAAGCAAGAGUACAACACGAACGACAGAAAGCAGCGGUAUCGGAAUGAAGAUCACGAUCGCCGCAGCCGUACAGAUGAUCACUCACGGGAGAAGGGUAAAACUAGAUGCUACGAUCAGUCAUCCAAUAAACGAGGAUGUUACAAUAAGAACUCUAAAAAAUCCAACGAGGAGCACUCCAACGAGAAUAGCAAGGAACGCUAUCCUAAUAACGAUAGCGGUAGUGGCGAGUGGCAUGAACGAAUGAUGCUACAGCGAGAAAACGCUCGCCACAAACAUCAGAAGCGGAACAAUAAGAACUGGUUCAUCAAACGAGGCGAAAGUCGCGAACAGAUGCGUUCUGGAGAGACCCAAAGCUAAAUGGAUUCGCCGCAAUCUUAUAUAUAAUCUACGCAUCAAGACGAUGACCUCUAUCUUCAUCCCGUAGGGAAGAAGGGAUCGAAAUUUCGCAACAGAGGUCACAUAUACAUAUAUACUUUAAUCCCAAGAUAUACUUAAGGACAGAGUGUGCUAGUAAAGCGCACACCGAAUUUGCGCUGGUUCCUAACUUAUACAUGUGUGUGUUUGUAAUAUUUCGACGAUGCUUCUACAGAGUGUUUUUUUCUUUUUGUUCAAGACAGCAAUUAAACAGGAAUCAAGGUUUUUUGAAACACACUGUAGAACCAGAGCUUAAUAAGCAUCAAGCGAUGCAAGUGCUUAAUAUUUAUUUAUUUUUACCUACAAUACAACAAUCGUUUUGGCUGCGUUAAAGCUAGCAUUAUCUUUAUAAUCCCGAUAUCGCAAUGUAUGUACAUAUACAGAUUCAAUAGUCAGUGUUUAAUACUAAGUGUAUCGCAUUUUUAAUGGAAAUAUCGUACAUAUCGCCCACAUUUAACUAAAAUGGAAUUAAUACUAAAAAGCUUAUGAGGACUUAUGAGGAUUAAAAUCAAAAUUAAAUGUAAAUCCCACUUAAGUUAAAUGUGAGCGAUGUCUUUGUAUAACAUUGGUUCCUCCCAUUGAAGGGUGUUAUUUCUUCUACAAAGUUCCAGCUCAACCUAAGAGACAGACCCAUCCAAGUCCGUCAAUAAAGCAAAAUCAAUUUCCUUUCAACGAGUUUAUCAAUAAUCCUUUUGAAACAUUAAAUUUCGCUACAAAUUAUGUAUUGAUAUAUACAUAAAUAUAUAUAUUUGUGAUACCUAUACUAAUAUUUUUUUUUAGUCUAGAAAAAUAAAUUAUUGUACCAUAUUAGGUAUUCCUGGAAAGCCAAUUUAAAAAAAAGAAAUCCUAUAAAACUGAUAAAAAUCGAAAAUGUAAAGGAAAUCCAUAUUUUUGUAUGCAUGUUCGUUCAAAAUCUAAGCGUAUAUAUUAAUAAAUGUAUAAAUGUGUACCCCAAAUGUUUUGCGAUGAAAUAAAUAAAAAUCCUUC